AUGUCGGUCGACGUGGCAAUGCAGUCGAGUGGGAAGACCGUUGCGACUAGUGCCUACUCCAUAAUGCAACCCCUUGGGGGCCGCCAGGAUCCAGGCAGCAGCUGCCAGGAUGACCCGUUUGGAUGUGUGGUGGUCGUUUCCGGAGAGACCGCCAAAAGAGCCAGGCUGCUGGGGGCGGCGGCGAUGAAGCCAGGGAACAAGCUGGACCGGGAGAAUAUUACCGACGGUGAGAGGGAAGCAGGAGCUUACAAACAGGCGGUGGUCCAGAAAACCCGGACUGGCAUGACAUGGCUGAUGCGCGGGUCCAACCCAGUCCCUCCCCCCAACCGCAAUGACAUGCCGAUCAGCGGACGGAUGUCAGGCUUGGGGCCAAGUGUGGAGGAUGCGCCAUGGCGAGGCUCUGCUACGGUGCCACCCUCUUCGAAGGUUUACUACUACUAUUACUACAACCUUGGCGGAAAAUCACCAGGGAAAGUCAAGCCAAUCGCCCCAUGGAUGGGCGAAAAUAGGAGCAACAACCCUGUUGGGCAAAGACACGGAGAGAAAAGCCGGAGAUUCCGACAAAGCAACAUCGUCCAUCCGGUUCAAUAGUCGCGACGGAUCCAAACUGGUUGACAGCCGAUGGUGUGUAACCUUCCGCAAGCGGACUGCCGGCGGGGGGGAAAAGAAAGAGGAAAAAGAGGAGGAAGUGGAUGACAAUCGGAUUGUCCCGCGAUCCAAUCGAUCAUCAUCCUCAUCGAAGCGAUUGUAUGCCACAGUUGGAUAGUUAGUCCUCCGCCCACGAGGCGGCGCUGGGCUUGCGAGAGACUAGUGAGUUGGUCCGUGGGUGGGUGUCGUCAUGGUCCAUUUCUCCGAGAUACAAACCGGCUGGAAGGUGUAGAUCGUACAGAGAUUGCCGAUAAUAGUAGAUAGAUGGAAAGCACUCGAAAUUCAGCCUGAUGAGAAAGAUAAGCAAAGUAUCACCACAAUAACCCAAGAUAGAAAAAGAUAGAACCAAACACUAUCGCAAAGAACCCAC